AUGUCGUGUCUUCAUGUCUCGGUCCUGGCGCUGAGCGGCAAGCAGCUGGUGUGUGCCGACGUGGCCAAAGACACGUUGGUGGAGGACUUGCAGUUCCAAGUGGAACAAGCAACCGGUGUUGACAAAGCUGCGCAGAGGUUGCUGUAUCAAGGAGAGAUUCUGCCUCCGACUGCGGCACUGGACUGCCUCGGCGCUGAUCCGGCGUGCAAAGAUCGCGUCGUGACGCUGGUGGUGACCAACCCUACCGUUGAAUACCAGGUAAUGCAAGGUGUCAUUUUCAAGUCGAAGGGUGCACAGCCAAGCUCAUCAAAGAUUGUGAAGCUUGAGAAAGCUGUGGGAGACCUCGUGAAGACCACGGGGCGCACCUGGCUGGGCCCUGCAGGAGGACACUGGAUUGAGCUUGAUCCAGUCUUUCAUAAAGCUGGCUGGCUGUUGAUCGAAGGUCCUGGCUUUGGAAAGGUGGGGCCGUUGCUGGAGGAAGUCUUGCCAAAUGAGCCCGAAGCCAUUGUGAUGCGCUUUUCAAGUCCAUACAAUGAUGAUGAAAUCCACCAGAUUUGCAUCAAACCUUCAUGGACCAUCGGGCAAGUGAAGCAGUGGAUGUGCAUCCGCCUACCAUGCCUUCGUCGGGAGAAGAUCGUCAUCGUCAAACGGCGAUGCAAGGGCCGCGCUGCGCGCUUCACACCCAGCAGCUUCCUCUUGGAUGACCGGGUGAGGGUGGAAGAGACAGACUUCAGAGAUGGAGAGGAGUUGCCAUAUAUUUACAUGGGUGAUUUGGAUGAUGCAGAGCCCUGGGAUUUCUGA